CGACUGCAGCAGAGGAAGAUUCUUGAGUGUCAGCGAUAUACAGUAAUACCCAAUCGAGAUUAUCGGAUCGUGAUCGGCAUAGUACAGUGCGCAUCCAAUCGAGAUCAAGAUUGGUGUGUGAGAAAUUACGUCAUCGUAUCUGUGGAGUCGAGAUUUUGCGGGAAAGGUUAAGAAGCAUGGCUGAUACAGCGUGUCAGCGAGGAGGAGGCCAUUUCACUCUCCCCUCCUCAAGUCAUGGAGGGAUCCCGACUAUGCUGAAUUCGGGGAGGUUGAGAGGAGAGGGAGAGGUGGUUGGUUGUCCAUCUUCAUCUUCUGCGUGGGGAUCGACCACGUCAGCCCAUCAUAAUUCUCCUCCUCCUCCUCCUCCUCCUCCUCCUUUCGCGACGUCGACAGGAGGAGGAGAGGAAGAGGUGGUUGGUCAUUCAUCCCCUUGGGCAUCGGACUCUUCAGCCUUUCGUAUUCCUUCUCCUCCUCCUCCUCCUCCUCCUCUAUGUCGUCGUCCUCAUCGUACUCCAGGUACCGACUCUGCUGUCCUCGAUAGCAUCUCUCUUCUUCAGACAGAGACAAGUCUCCUGUUUCAUUACUACCGCUGGAAUCGGACGGUAGCUGUGUGGAACCUGCCUACGGUUUUGGAAGAUUUCUUGGGCAUCAAGCAGUGCCACGAUCAUAUGAUUGAUUGGGCACUAACUACAAUUCAUCGUGUCAUCAUUCUGGGUCUGUCUGACGACGGGUCGGAGUCGGUAAUCUGUACGGCAUCGGGUGUGCGACAUCGCCAGCAGGAAAGUGACGACGAAUCCCCAUCAUCAUCAUCGUCGUCGAAUGAUCUGAUGCCUUUACAUGUGGUCACAAAGCAUGACAGUGGACUUCUUCUCCCCAGACACGAUCUGCCCAGCUAUCUCUACUUGAGCUUGGAAACGUUCCUCUACUGCUGUGGCGCCAAGAAAGCCUUGUUGCACUUUUGUCGUAUUCACGGCAUCCACGGAGUCCCAGGCAUUCCCGACAAUCUUCUAUCAUCUUCCUCCUCCUUCUCCUCCUCCCCCUCCCCUUCUUCUUCUACUUCUGCUGCUGCUGCUGCUUGUGUGAUUGCUGCUGCUGCUUCUGGUGCCGAUGCUGACGUGGCAGGAUGGGAAGGUGGGUCUGCUGGAAGAGAAGGUGGAGAUGGUGGGGAGACGUCGAUGAUGACACCGAGAUGGUCUUCUUGUGCUGAUUGGGUUAUGGAGAGGUGUAGCAGCGAUUAUGCUGCUGCGCCUUUCUGGCGCAGCUGGACGGCAUCGUCGAUCUUGCCGCCGCCCUACAUUUCCCGCCAAAGCGGAUUGUGGAUAAACUUCUACGGUGCUGAGCUGUCAAUCGAAGAUAUUCAAGAUCAGUUCGAUGCCCUGGGCGUCACCGGAUACACGUACAUCAAGCUUCACUACCCAGGUGGCUAUGGAAGAGACGGGAGGGAGAUGGAUGCCGCAAGGCCGCCUUACGUGGACGUACAGUUCUUGGAUAUGGCGACGACCAUGGAGGCGUAUGACACCUUGAGGAUUGGUUUGUGUGCGGAGGUGGUUUUGCGGCAGCAAUCAGUCGAUGAGGACAGGGAUGGAGGGGGGGAGGACUUCAACCCCCUUGUGCAAGUUUGGCCAAACGUGCCUAGAGAAGCAGCGAGGAGCCAAAUUCUGCCAGCUUUGAAUGCCCACGCGGGUGGCACCCGUUACAACCCCUCGGUCAAGAUGGAGGACUGGCCACGACAGAGCCCCUCCUCUACUCAAAGCAGAAGUGUGGGAGAAAGAUGGACUAGAGGAGGACAAGCAGGAGGAGGAGGUGGGAGUGGGAGUGGUGGUGGUGGUAGUGAUGAGAAGGGUGUGGAAGUUGUAUUUCUAUCCUUUGAUGCUCUCCGACGAUGCCGAGGCAAGGAAUACGUGUACGAAAUCGAGAGUGGCGGGAAGGAGGAGGAGGAGAAGAAGAAGGGAUUCACAACAAAAGCGCGGGAACAUGUGGCAUGUCCAGGACGAGGAGGAGGAGGAGGAGGCGGCGGGAAGGAGGAGGAGAAGAAGAAGACAGGUUGCACAACAAAAGCCCGAGAACACGUGGCAUGUCCAGGACGAGGAGUAGGAGGAGGAGGUGAGCAGUAUUGCGCGCGAAUACUCGGGGGAGGAGGAGGAGGAGGAGGAGGAGGAGGUGAGCAGUAUUGCGCGCGAAUCCUCGGGGGACCUAUCUUCGAAGAUUUGGUACACUGUACUCUGGACUCAUUGGAUGCUGGAAUAGAAAGGCGGGAGCUCGUGAAGGCGAUCAAGAGAACCUGCCCCGGAGCUCGGCCACGUGGCUUGUCCAUCUUGACCGACUAUCAACAGCGUGGCGACACGUGGCAGUUCUGUAUCGAUCCUAUGUCGGCUCUGGAAAUCAAUUCCCAAGGCGGACUUCAACUCCCUAAUAACCAGCAGGCGCCCAUCCACCUCACGUUUUGGGAUAACACGUACGAGUGGCGGCAAACAUACCACAAAGACUACAGCAACCAUCGGCGCGCAGGUGGUGACAAGACGAAGGUCGGGGUCUCCCCGAUCCCGAUCCCGACUGGAGCGUGUGUGCACGAGGAGUCGUCUAAGGGGGGGAGGAAGGUGAUGCCAGCAACUGAGGCGAACGCCGCCGCGAUGAAAUACAAGUGCCUUGUUCAGAUCGGCAAGGAUAUGGAGGAGGAGGAGGACAAGAUGAAGACGAAGAUGAAGAUGGAGAUGGCAGCCAUAGCUGCUGUUGAUGAAUCUGAGCGUGUGGGUGGAAUGGGAGUGCCAGAGACGGCGGCGACAACGAGGGGGGGAGAGGUACUGAAAGAGGAGGAGAUCGUGCCAUGGCAGCCGUGCGAAGGGGUGACAGAAGAGAGAAGGGAGAGGGAGGGAGAGAUGAAGUCUCCUCCUGCUCGUCCUUGUCCACCUUCUUCUCCUGGAGUCGUUGAGCAAUCAUUUUCGAAAACUGCAGCCUUUGGCGGUUGGGAGGACGCAGCAGAAGAGAGAGGGAACGCCGGUGGGGAAGGCAGGAUUACGCCUACACUGACGAACAACGGUACGAUCGAUCACAAUCAAUCAACGCGUUCUCGGCUUCCGGAAAAGGACAUGCUGGAUAUUAUGCAGAGAUGGCCGGCGCUGUUCGGACCGGAGUUGCAGAAGGGCAGAGCAGGGUAUGCUUCGACUGGGAAAACGUCGUUGACUCCUUCACAGAAUGGGCGACCGGAUGCGAUGAUGCCACCUGGCUUCCAGCGGGAUGUGUGGCAGGACUGGAGAUAUCCCAGCACGCCGAUCGCCGAACGGAAUAGUACUGUCUCGGUCGGUACCGGGUGGGAGGACCCUUUUGCUACCCCGGAAGCCAUCCAAUCAGAUCGCUUGACCACGGACUUCACCAGUAGCUGUACGAGCGCACGCGGCAGUCCACGUGACAGUCCACGUGGCAGUCCACAUGGCGGUGUUGAGGAGGGGGGGAAUUUGUCGUAUUCCAGAGGGGUCUCGCUGUUGCCAAGCAAAAUGGUGGCAUGCGCUGACGACAGGUGGAUGGAGCAAGAUAACCACGCCCGUCCCGAGAUCAUCAGGAUGGAUGCUGUCGAUGGUGGUGUGCACGACUGCAUUGUUGAAGACGAUGAGGACACGAUGGCGCAGGAUGAUUAUCACUGUGUGCCGAGCGAAGGCCAUCAGGAUGGGAGUGGCUGGGGGGCAGCUGCUGCACACUUCGAACGAGAUGACACAUGGCAGCUGCGUAGCUGCUCUGCGCCAACGGCAGAUAGUGAAACUGUCGACGGUGGGAAAACUGCGGACGAAAGCGUGCCAUCGGAUGGCCUGAAGGAGGCGGUCUGGGCAGAAGGCGAAGCAUUUGGCGGAGGUGAUCGAUGUGAUGCCACCUCAUCUGAUGAUGACAAGGCUGGGUGUCGAGGCUAUGACGACAGCAGCGACAGCAGCGAGGUCGUUGCCAUGUCGUCCCCAUCAUUAUCAUCAUCAUGGUCGACGCCAGCAUCUGCCUCAGCAGCAUCGUCACCACGGCAGUCGUCUUCGGAGAGUGAACCUGCUGCCUUAGGGAGGACAGACAGAUGGCAACGUGUACAGUGUCUAGCGCAGUCGGCAUCUGAUCGUCUUCGUCGGCAUGACGUGCAGUUGAGGACGGAGCUCUCGCGGCGAACCGAUCGCAGGAUCGAGCCCAACGCUCGCCAAGAGACAAUGAAGAAGCCAUCGCCAUCCCUAGGUCUCAUCGAAGAAGCAAAGAUCGCAUUGGUCAGUGCAGCAGAUGUGCAGCAGGCAGACGAGAAUCACUGGUCAACUGAUCAGUUUUGCGGCUCUGAGAAGGGAGGAGUCACCACUGAAUCUCCUCCUCCUCCUCGUGUGGGAGUUCUCUCUGCCGACUCUGCGGCGGCAGUGGCAGUGCUCCUGCGCUGUGUGGGCCGAGAGGUGUCGAGCUCGGAGUCAUUCUUUUCUGCCUUUUCGUGCCAAGGUUGGGAAAUCCAAUCCCCGAUUGAUUACAGAAUCACUUCCGAUCCCGAUCCCAAUCCCGUCUGCUUGCCACCUGGCAGCCCUUCGUCUGGCACACAGGCAUACGAUCCCGAUGCUGACAUGUUCAAGCAAUCAUGCUCAGACUUCGCUGCAGGAGGCACACUUCACCAGACUCUUCGUUCCACGGAAACAUCUGGUUCUGGAUCUGCAUCUGGAUCUGCAUCUGGAUCUGGAUCUGCAUCUGGAUCUGCAUCUGGAUCUGCAUCUGCAUCUGGAUCUGGAUCCUCGUGUUUGCACUUGCGAAGGCAAGCUCCCACUGCACCGACACGUGUAAGUGCUGCCGUUCAAUCUGAUUCGUUGGAUCGCGCCACCUCGGCAUCGUUGGCUAGCCUGCCUCGUAAACCCGCGUUCUCUCCAUUAGCUCCGCUGGCCAGCUCCUGGGGGGGGGGGAUGGGAAGCACAGAGCGUGCGCCCGGACCGGGACUCGACUUGCCUCUCGUCGGCAAGGAGUCUGCUGUGGUGGUACUGCCUUUGCUGCACGGAGAUCCUGAUCCCGACCCUGACUCGGAGUCUGCGCAAUCGCCUGUGACAAGGGGGUGGGAAACAGUUGCUGCUCCCAGCCCGCCAGAGGGAAUUCUAAGUAACGACGGAGGUCUGAGGGACAGGAGGUCGUCAUCGACUCUUCGGCGGCGUGAAGCUCUGCGGUUGUUUCUGAGCCUCGACGAUGACGAUUCUGACGAUGAUGGACCAGCAGUAGCAGCGGCAGGAGCAAACGUCGAUGGCAGUGGUGACGACACAUUGACAAUGCGGAUUGGUGAGUGCUACAGUGGUUUGACUACAAUGGACUCGUUCUCCACGUCGUUGUCGCCAUGUGGUUCGGAUUACAGCCGCCGCCUUUCGGAUUAUAGCCGCCGCCGCCGCGAUUGCCACGUGGAUGAUCCUCGUGACUCAGAGUUCUAUGGGAAUUGGACCAUGAUCGAUGGAUAUGGAGAAGCUGAUUCAGACAUGUGCGUCUCUCCGGUGUUGCCUUCUGGAGAUGGCGGCGAAGGGGAUUGUGUGUGUCGACCAGCAGUUUCCUGUGAAAGUGAGGAGGAGGAGAAUAAGGUUGAAAGACCAAGAGAGAGAGAGGGGGAGGGAGAGGGAGAGGGAGAAGGAGAGCGGCGAAGCGAGCAUGAGAGCUUGCAGAGCAGUUGGUUUCUGACAGAUGCUGAAGAUGUGAUGAUUAACGAGGAUGGGCUGUCGCAAAAGCCUUCAAAAUCUGCUCUGCAGUCUGGAUACCUUUGCCCGGAAACAGUAGCUGAAGGCUCUGUCGGCGAAGACUCUGAGUCUGCGUGGGAGAUGGUGUAUGACGUCAGCGACUUCCGCCCCAACCUGUUGAAGCAAUCUGCGAGUGGGAAAAAUGACAGCAAUUGCGAACCAUCUGAUGCCAGUUUCUUCGAAGAAGACGAGUGCCGCCCCCAGGAGCGGGCGAUCGAGGAGCAGAACCUUUUUCGUUGGGGUUGAUGCAUGUAGCUGGACGUGAUUGUUGGUUUCAUUCUUACCUCUCUCGCAACGGGAGAGGGCGGGGUGGUGAAAGCUGCAGAGUGGCUCACAGCCUGUGAUUCUUUUUGUCAAUUUGCUACUGCCCUCCCCCGGAAGAAAGAACGCGCCCUCCUCAUUUUGACUGUGUAUGGUACUGUACGGGAAAGGUCGCUUGUAUACAUCAUUAAUCAAGGUGUGUUGCGUUC